CCUCACGGCCACUUCCGGUGCGGCGACUCCAAGAUGGCGGCGCUGGCGCUGAGGGGUUUGGGGCGGCGCUGCCUCCUGGCCCGGCUGGGGCCCGGCCCCACCCUGCACCGGGUGAUCCCGAUGGGGACGACGGCGCGGGAGGAGAUGCAGCGAUUCUGGGAGAGGAACGAGCGCUCCAACCGACCCCUGUCCCCCCAUGUCAGCAUCUACAGGUGGUCCCUGCCCAUGGCCAUGUCCAUCACCCACCGUGGCACCGGCGUGGCGCUCAGCCUGGGUGUGUCCCUGUUCUCCCUGGCCGCUCUGCUGCUCCCAGAGCAGUUCCCUCACUACCUGGCCCAGGUGAGGGCCCUGAGCCUCGGCCCCGCCCUCGUCUUCUCGGCCAAGUUCGCUCUGGUGCUUCCCUUCUCCUACCACACCUGGAACGGGAUCCGGCACCUGGCCUGGGACCUGGGCAAGGGGCUGAGGCUGGCCCAGGUGACACAGUCGGGGGUGCUGGUGCUGCUGCUGACCCUGCUGUCCUCGGCCGCGCUGGCCGCGCUCUGAGCGCCACCCGGGGGGUGACAAAGGGACACUGACAACCUGGGGGGGGUGACAAAGGGACACUGACAACCUGGGGGGGUGACAAAGGGACACUGCCAACCUGGGGGGUGACAAAGGGACACUGACAACCUGGGGGGGUGACAAAGGGACACUGUGCCACCUCAAACCCCAAAGAGGUGACAAAGUGACACUGUGCCACCCCAAACCUUGAGCGAGGUGACAAAAUGACACUGUGCCACCGUGGAAGAGGUGACAAAGUGACACUGCCACCCCGGGGGAGGUGACAGAGUGACACUGUGCCACCUCAAACCCCCAGGGAGGUGACAAAGUGACACUGUGCCACCCCAAACCCUGGGAGAGGUGACAAAGUGACACUGUGCCACCCAGGGGAGGUGACAAAGUGACACUGUGCCACCCCAAACCCCAGAGAGGUGACAAAGUGACACUGUGCCACCCCAAACCCCCAGGGAGGUGACAAAGUGACACUGUGCCACCCCAAACCCCAAGGGAGGUGACAAAGUGACACUGUGCCACCUCAGGGGAGGUGACAAAGUGACACUGUGCCACCCCAGACCCUCAGAGAGGUGACAAAGUGACACUGCCACCCCGGGGGAGGUGACAAAGUGACACUGCCACCCCUGGGGAGGUGACAAAGUGACACUGUGCCACCCCAAACCCUGGAGAGGUGACAAAGUGACACUGCCACCCCUGGGGAGGUGACAAAGUGACACUGUGCCACCCCAAACCUUGAGGGAGGUGACAAAGUGACACUACCACCCCCCUGCCACCCCCCCCCAGGAUGUUGAGAGCUGCCCCUGCUGCCCCUCCCCCUCCUGGUGCCACCCUGGCCGUGUCCCCACGUGUCCCCACGUGUCCCCACGUGUCCCCAAGGCGGGGACAAUGAGGGAUUGUGUCACAGGAAUGGGGUGGGGACAAGGGACAAGGAGCAGCAUUGAGGGAGCCGGGCCCGGGGGUGGUGACAGUGACAUCUCAGUGCCACCCCCUGCCACAGCCAGCUCCUCAGUCCCUGGGAAUUCCAUGAUUCAGCCCCUUCUGCAAGGAAAAAAUGAAAAUAAAUUCAAUUUUUGGAACUUCCUGCCCAGAAAUAAAAUCAAUUUUCAACCC